AUGUCUUUAUUCAAAACGAGAGAAUUUUGGACAGUGCAAAGUGAAGACGACGAAUCUUUCGAUCAAAAUUCUUGCAUCACCACAAUACUCAACAGUGAUAGUGACUACAUAAUUAGUGGCAGUCAUAGUGGUGUGUUGAGGGUUUUCCAACCAUCUUGUAGUUUGACAGAGAAUGGACUUAGCGGCUUCAUCCCCACAGACUUGUUGAUAGAAAGUAUUUUAGAGUCUCCUAUUUUACAAGUGGGAUGUGGAAGACUAGCCUCAGGUUCGCAAAACUUUCAAAUAGCAGUUCUACACCCGAGAGUAUUAUCAGUAUACAGCCUGAAAACAAAGGAAGGCGUUACUGAACAUGGAAAUCAGAACGUUUUGGAACCACUUUAUUGCCACGAUCUCAGAAGAUCAGCAGCCAAUUUCACUAUCGGUCCAUUUGGCUCGACACAAAACAGAGACUUUAUGUGUGUCCAAUCACUAGAUGGCAUGUUGUCCUUCUUCGAACAAGAAAACUCUGUGUUCAGCUGCUUCCUACCUGAUUUUCUCCUGCCAACUCCUAUUGUAUACAUCAAAAAGACCGAUAGCUUCAUCACUGGAAAUGGAAAUUGGAAAAUUCUCUCUUAUAAGUAUAAUGCAUUAUCUGAAACAUCAGCUAAAUCACUCUCCACGGAUAUUUCACCAAAAGUGAUACCGGAGUGGGUGUACAACAUUGGAGAAGCUUUCAUCGAUAUUUCAGUUGCAGAGGACAAGGUCAAUAAACAGUCUUGGGUCAUAAUUUUGGGCGAGAGAAAUUUAUUCUGUCUAUCUGAUAGAGGACGAAUCAAAUUCAUGAAGAGGUUUGAAUUUUCACCCAUUUGUUUUGAAACAUAUAUGACAGAUGGAAAUAUCUACUCUUUGAUUAUUUCGGAAACAAGUACCUUACUGAUUUACCAAAACACCACUGUGAAAUGGUCUACUAUGCUCAAUUUCUUACCAAUAUGUAUAAAAAGAGCUUUCUUUCGAACAGUUAAAGGUGCCAUGGUUCUACUAUCAGAGGAAGGUCGACUCGAAUGUUGCUAUUUGGGCACUGAACCUAGUCCUUUCGUAGCUCCUCCAAUUACUCACAAAGAAAUAGAUUUUGAGACAGUUGGAGAAGAAUUGGAGAGUAUGAAUGCAUUAAUCAAAAAAUCCUAUGGAACCGAUAUGAAAAUCACCAAUCAAAGUACUGAAAAAGAGAUAAAAAUGCACGUCACCGUAAACCCCAACUUGGUUCCAUGUAUAUUCGACACAAACUUGAAGGAUGCUAGUAAUCUCCAAAUGUGCGCUAUUGUCAUCGAUCUAACACCUCAAGUGCCAUUCGAAGAACUGCAAAUCUCUGUGGCACCUCAACUUCCUAUCAAAGUUCAACCUCAGAUACAGUUUUACACCAAUUUAAGCGAAAAGGCUUCUUUCACUUGCUACGCCUACUUGUACGAAGAUUACCCGGUGGUCAGUUUGAAUGUGGAGGUAUCUGUCACUAUGAUCAGCCAUCUUGGGAUACCAAGGACUCUCACAACUUGUGUUCUCCUACCUAUGAAACUGGUAGCUACGACUUGCCCAGCUCAGAAAGAUGGUGAACAUAAAGUAACGCUUUCUGUGAAUAAGAAGCCUGUGGUUUUUCUCAGUUUAUUUCCUGAAUUCACUGAAGAAGCCUCACUGACCCAGACAUCCAGUUCCAUCGGUUUCCAACUGAUCUCGAACCCCGAGAUCACCGGAACAAUCCUACAAGCCAAGUCGUCCGAACGCUACAGAGUGCAGGCCAACUCAUUAGCGUCCCUUGCACUCCUAAUUGAACAGUUGAUUUUCCGGUUGUGCAGGCAAUAUUCCGGGACGGAGGACUUUAAAGUGCGCCUCGAUUCCAGUCUGCAUGCUAACGAGCUCAUUCUCUAUGUUGACCGACAUUUCGAAAAACGGCAACUGGUUUCAAAGUUGGAGGAAGACUUGGCCCAACUGAGUGCUCAAUUUAGGAUUGUACAGAAACGGCUGAUAGCAAAGUUGAGAGUGAAAAACCCGAGCCCUUUGACCAACUUGCAAAUCUUAUUAAAGGACACGCAUUCCGAAAUAGUCGACGUGACUGAAAAAUUAGAGGUUGCCAAUUCGGAACUUUCCAGAGCUCAAUCGAGCCUCUCUUGUGCACUGAAUUUGGUGGUGAAUUUAGUGAAAGUUAUGGACAUGGAUGAAAAUAGCAAAGGGGUUUUAGAGUCCGUAUUCUCUCCUAACGUGCAAGAUUUGGAAUCACAAAAUUGGGAAGAUGUUAUGGACUCCUCAUUAUGUUACCUUCUGAGGACAUCAUUAGCCAAAUCAGAGAAGGACAAAUUGAGAAUUGCUCAAACAAGUUACGAGGAAGUGAAAGAUACUUCCAAGUUGGGCAAACAUUUGGUGCAGGUUCUUGAACGAAUCUCUAAAUUGGAAAACAAAACAGAAAUAGUGGUAGAAGAUACGAUGGAAACCCUAGAAGAAUCAGAUAACGAUAAUGAAGAAAAACCAAUAGGAAGUCAAUUUGGUGAAGCUAGUAGUCGACUGCUAUCAGCAAGAAGAAGUCUCUUGAAGAAUAGACAAAAACAAUAGCAGUAAUUGGAAAAUAAAUCGUUAGAAUCCAAUUUGAAUCAUCAACGGAAUACACAAUAUUUAUAUUUGG